AGGCCAGGCGAAGGCAUCUAAAGCAGCAAAGAGACCUACGUACACAGUUUCUGCGGCGACCAUUGGUAGAUAAAACCAAUAUUUGCUCCUCAAAUACACAACAUAAACCGGGAGUGCCUCAGAUAAGAUCAGAGCUUAAAAGACUCAACAAAGAUACAAAAGAGAGAACAUCUUCCUCUAUGCCCAUCAGCAAGGUGGUUGAGAUGACGAGGUUGACGUCUAGAGCUGGUGUUAGAACCAGGAAAUUCACCGGUGUGAAUAGCCGUUUUCAAGCUGUGCUAGAAGAGUUUAACCUGUUGAGCUGUGACUUCUUGACUCGUCAGCAAGCUGCAAAGGCUACUGUAUUUCGGUCUGUGUUGUCUUUUAUCCACUGGUUCAAAAUUAACAAGUUCAACUAUGUGCUCCACGACAAGAAUAACCAUCUCAAACAACUGUAUAUAGAGGGCAACUUAGAGGUUACAAACUCAUCGGCGGAAGUCACAUCCACAGGCGGUAUGGUGGCAAGAUUGACAAGUACAAGAUAUGUGAGGCCCGAGUUCAGGCCUGACACCUAUUCGUUGAGUCCUACACAUCUUCUAAAACUGGCCAUAAAGGUUGGAAAAUUCAUGUAUUCUGCCCAGGUGUUGAACAUCCAGUCUAAUACUGUAGAGUCUGUUCUCCUUGCACUUACAGAUACUAGGAUACAGCUCGAACCUGAGUCGUUGUUAGUGUUUAAAGACCAAAACUCACAUAUUCAAACCUUUUACGACCAGAAGGUGAGGAUUUAUCUCCGAUGGCAUGUAUACAACGACAAGCCUAUUGACGUAGACUUGUUGCGGAGUGGUUAUUAGCGGAAUAUAUUACAAAGGUACAAAAAC